AUGCCCGUGAGACCCAGCUUCCGCGGGCUGUUCAAGGCAACGAUUGCCUUGCGAGCAACUUACAGGAUUCUGCCCUCCUUGGCAGCUCAUGUAACCUGCGGUGGCGACCUCGGGACCUUCUGUUACGCAGCCCUUUGCGAAGGUGAGGGGGAUGCCAACACGCCCUUCAUUCACGUCCUCACUGGCUUUGCCAACCUCCUUGCAGAUGGCCAGGCCCCAGCCCACAUGCAGGCAUAUGUCGGUGGUGCGCGAGGUACUGCGCUCCGCAAGGUCUCCAAGACUGGUGGGGCUGAUGUGAGGCCUGUUUGUUCGGGUGAGGCUUUCCGGCGCCUUGUUGGCAAGGCUCUCCUGGCCACCGAGAUCCAGACACUUCGCGAUCACCUGCUGCCGUUUCAGUUCGCUGUUGGUGUAAAGGCCGGUGCGGAAAUCCUUCCCCACCUCGCCAGACAAUGGAGGGCGCGCUACCACUCUGACUCCUCGCGGGUGCUCCUCACUUUUGAUGAGGGGAACGCGCACAAUGAAGUGGAUAGGCAUGCCUUCCUGACUCGUAUGCGGGAGGUUUGCCCAGGCCUCUCUCGCUGGCUUGAGUUUAUUUAUCCCACAGCCACGGCAACCAAGGUGUUCUACCGCGACCGUGUCAUACCAUCCGAGGCUGGAGGCCAACAGGGCUGUCCCCUUAUGGCAGCCUGCCAUGCGGUUGUCCAACGCAUGCUUCAUGAAAGCCUGGGACUCAUCGCUCCACCGGGUGGCUCGGCCAUUAAUGUGCCUGUCCUCAACCCGCCGGCUGCCCUCGACCUUGCCCCCAACUUCGCUGAUGACGGCAUGUUGGCUGGCCCUGCACCAGAGGUGCUGCGUGCCCUGCGCCACCUCAAGCGUGUGAUGCCUUCACUUGGGUUGCGAUUCUCUUCCCUUCUCGUUGGGCCGGCCGCUGGCGAGCAUGCGCACACCGUUGACUGGGCUCCAUUUGUUGCUGCAGGGUGUGCAGUCACGGAGGCUGGGAACUUCGAGAUCCUCAAAUCGCCUGUCGGUGAACUCGACUUCGCUCGCGACUUCUGCCUGCAGACAGCCCUCAAGCAAGCCAAGGUCGUCGACGCCAUCAGCCACCUUCCUGACCCCCACUGCGCCUACUACCUCCUGCGGUACUCCGGCAAUGCAUCCCGGAUGACUUACCUCACCCGCACCACUCCGAAGCAGUGCUGCUCAUCGGCCUUAACACACUUCGACUACACUGUCCAGGAAGCCUUUGGACGUCUUGCAGGCCUGGAAUUGACCCAACAGAUGUGGCUUCAGGCCACACUCGCCACGCGGGACGGUGGGUUCGGCCUCCGCCCCUGCGCGGACGUUGCUGAUGCGGCGUACCUUGCUUCACGGGCCGUGUCCCAGCCCCUCGGCGAGGCCGUCUGGGGUGAUUUCUGCUGGGAGGCUGACCAUCCAGGAAACUUUCUCGAGGCUGCCACGGCGCACUGCAACUCCAUGCUCAUUGCAGCUGGCAUGCCCGACCGGGUCAUUGCCGCCUCGAGGGAUGCCGCGGCCCUCAGCCAACGUAGGGUCACGGCUUGCAUGGACGCCUGCCGCCUGUGGCGUUGGCAACAAGGAGCGUCAGCUGAUGAUGUUUCCCGCCUGAACACCCUUCGGGCUCCACACGCAGGGCAGAUUCUGCACGUGGUUCCUUCCCCCACGCUUGACACUCACCUCACGAGGCAGGAGUUCACCUACAUGGCUGCACUUCGCCUUGGCGUCGACGUGAUGGACGGGAACCAUCCCUGCAGUUUCUGUGCUCUUCCUGUGGACUCCAAGGGUCGGCACGCCCUCUCCUGCAUGGCUGGAGGCGAUGCCACUGCGGUACACCAUACAGUCCGGGAUGUCCUCCAUGAUUACUGUGACUUGGGUGGCUUACGCCCCACGUUGGAGGCUCCCAAUCUCCUGGGCGAGCUUCCAGUCCCUGAAGGCGGCCGCCGCCCAGCGGACGUCUUCUUGUGCAGACCCGGCCUCCUGCUCCAGCGCUUGCCGGAUGGCACCAGGCCACAUUGCCCGCAGUCCCUCGCCCUCGAUGUUGCGGUCAUCAAUGCCCUCGGCGAGAAGCAUUGGCGGGCUACCGCGUCCGGGGCUGGAGCAGCGGCUGCUGCUUACGCCAACCUCAAGCGUUCCCACCUCGACACCGCCAGGAAGUGUGAUCAGGCAGGAAUUCGCUUCCAACCUGUUGUGCUGGAGGCACAGGGGGGCUAUGACAAGGAAGCGGCUGCCAUCAUCCAUGGCAUCGCGCUCGAGGCUGGCCUGGCUCUCCGGCGUGAUCCGGCUGUGGUCAAGCAAGAGCUUUUGAGCAAGCUGGCAGUUGUGCUCUGCCGUGCAGCUGCGCACUCCAUUGACAGACGCCGCCGGGCUUACCAGCGGCUGGAGGCGCGGCCCGCUGCGCAGCAAGCGCAUCUCGACAGACACUGUCAUGACCCGCCGGCAGACGUCGCUGGCCUGUGA